AUGGACCAAACCCGGCCCUCGCGGCGCAAGGAGGGCUCCAGCCACUCUCACAAGAACCAAAGCCGGCGUUGGGAAGAUGAGAGCAUACCGGAAGGCGUAGCUAUCAAUCUGCCCCCGAAUGGCUCUGCUGUCUCGCCGCCUUCGUCUCCGCGAGCAGACCACGCUCAGCGCAGCAGCGCUAGUCCGAGAAGCAAUCCAAGGAUGUAUUUGGCAAGAGCUGGGUCGACGGACGCGGGGGAUUACGCAUUGCGGAGUCAGUGGGAUGUGCACUCGUCGAGACCGCGGACAAGGACAUUGGAAGAGCGGAGCUUGCGAGACAGGUCGCCGAGCACGUUGGCUAUGAAGAACAGGCAUCGAAUCGGCUCCGUCCACUCCGCCUCAUCGUCUGCGUACCCAGGGCUAGAAGAAUCAGUCACGAGUAUAGGACAUCCGUACACGAUUCCGUCCCCCACCGAACCUACACCGCGCCCUCCUAGAUCCCAGCGCGAUCGGCUGGCUAUGCAACCGCCGAGACAGGCAUCGCCCCUACAAUACACUGCUGCGGAGCCUGACUCCUUCAUCUCACCAGUGGCGUCCGAUGCGCGGAAAAUUCUGCAGCUGAUGCGCUCCACUUGCGGGAAGAUGCAAGGUGUGCUCUGCUUUCGGCGCGGUGAAAGCCAUCUAUGGGUUGUCUCGAGGUGUUAUAUCAACGCAGACUUUGGAAGCCUCGUGUACGAACCACGAAGUGACACAUCAUACCGUCGGACCCUGAUCCCCGACCUGAGGGGCUGCCGUGUGAAGACCGGAUACGAUUCGGAAUCGGGCACGGCGUAUAUACAUGUCUCACUGCAGAGCUCGAGUCUAGAAGUGCAUCUUCGGCCACCCACUCAGGAUCAGUUCGACUCGUGGUUCGCGGCGCUGCUCUGCUGGCAACCAAUCCGCCCCAAGGGCAUACACAACAAGAUGGCGAAGCCACAGGCGCCGCUCGCGACGACAGGUAGAAGGCCGACAGAUUUCCGACGGCACUCAGAGGUCGCCUUACUGAAAGAGGCGCCAAUCAUUAAAGUCGGCAGAAUGAUAUUUUGGGAUACCCACGUCGUAUACGGUAGCGUUGCAGAAGCCAAGUCGCCAGACGGAAGGCCGGCAAUACCUAAAACGCAGAACUUUGGAUCAAGGAGGUGGAGAGGUGUGUCCUGCACGCUUCGUGAGAACGGCGAGUUAAAACUGUAUGCGGGUAACGAGGUGACUGUGGUCUCUGUAGUCCAGCUUUCGCAGCUGUCUCGGUGCGCCAUCCAGCGUCUCGAUGCAUCUGUACUCGACAACGACUUCUGCAUCGCCAUAUACCCACAGUAUGCCUCGAAUCCCACGUCUUUAUCUUUGCUACGGCCUAUCUUCCUCUCACUCGAGUCUCGCGUCCUGUACGAAGUCUGGAUCGUACUUCUACGCGCCUUUACCAUACCUCAGCUCUACGGUCCGAAAGUAAAGUACCGCCCGGAGCUCUCCUCGUCCGAGUCCGCUGUAACCGCUACGCAUGAUAUGUUCCGCAUGGAGCGCUCCUUAGCUGUGCGCGUCACUGAAGCGCGGCUUGCUCCGCCGCCCCCUUCGCCCAGAUCUGCCGAGCACGGGAGCAAUCUUCCCCAUCGACCCGUCUCUAGCCACAUGAGCCAGAGUCUGGCUGGCUACUAUGUCGAGGUUCUUCUAGACGGGGAAAUUCGCGCCAGAACAAUGUUGAAAACCGACCUUACAAAUCCCUUCUGGCGCGAAGAAUUUGAGUUUCCGGACCUACCCUGCAUGCUGUCAAACGCUACGUUUCUACUCAAGAAGCGGCCGCCUGCCCAGCUGCGGGCCAACCAAGGCCACCAAGCACAGGCAAACCGGGAGAUAGAGACCAGAAACUCGACUGAUGUCUUCUCUUCUUCCGAGCCUGUCGGCGGCUACACAGGCAUCAAUCUCGACCAGUCCUGCGGAAAGGUCGACAUAUACUUUGAAGAUUUGGAUGCAGAUAAGGCGGUGGAGCAGUGGUGGCAAUUCUCCUCUUCCUCUGAUCAACCCGUAGGCGAGCUGUUUGUGCAUCUGCAGCUGUCCGAGAAUGUUAUCCUCAUGGCGAGGGACUAUCAGCCGCUGUCGGAGCUGCUGCAUAAAUUCUCCAGCGGACUUACUACUCAAAUUGCCGCUGUAGUUCCGGGCGAGCUGAAGAGGUUGAGCGAAUGUCUUCUAGAUAUCUUUCAGGUAUCAGGCCAGGCGGGCGAGUGGAUCUCAGCACUUGUCGAAGAAGAGAUUGAUGGGACGCUGAAGGACUCUCACAUCUCUCAUCGCAUCCGGUUCAGCCAGCGUCUUGGAUCGAAUGAUUCGAGCGAGAGCUUUGGCGGGAAUAUGUCUGCUGGGGAGCGAGAGCUAUUCGUUCGUGACCUGAACAACAACGCGAAGCUGGAAGCCAAUCUGCUAUUCAGAGGCAACACACUGCUGACGAAGGCGUUAGACUUGCACAUGAAGCGCCUCGGCAAGGAGUACCUUGAGCUGACGCUGGCGGGGAAGCUCAAGGAGAUUGCCGAUAGAGACGCUGACUGCGAAGUCGAUCCCAAUCGGCAGCCAAACCAACAUGAGCUUGACCGCAACUGGCGGAGACUUAUCGGUUUUACAGAGGAGCUUUGGAAAGGGAUAUGUACGACCGCUUCGAACUGUCCGGCUGAGUUGAGGGUCAUCUUCAAGCACAUCAGAUCAUGUGCGGAGGAUAGGUACGGCGACUUCUUACGAAGCGUUAGGUAUAGCAGUGUCAGCGGAUUCUUGUUUCUUAGGUUCUUUUGCCCAGCGAUACUAAAUCCGAAGCUCUUCGGCCUGCUGAAAGACCAUCCUGCCCCUCGCGCUCGUCGUACAUUCACUCUGAUUGCCAAGUCUCUCCAGGGUCUGGCCAACAUGAUGACCUUUGGCGCUAAGGAGCAUUGGAUGGAACCGAUGAAUACCUUCCUCUCCUCACACCGGCAAGAGUUCAAGGAUUUCAUCGACAAGAUCUGCGACAUCACUCCCACAGGCGCCUCCGCCCUAUCGCCCAUUCCACCCUCCUACAGCACGCCUCUCGCCAUACUCCAGCGCUUGCCUCCCACAUCGAGAGAAGGCUUUCCAAGUCUGCCUUAUCUCAUUGACCACGCUCGGUCUUUUGCUGAGCUUGUCCGAAUCUGGCUUGAGAACGUCGACGCCGGCAACCCCGUCAUCCCCUCCUCAGACGGCGAUAUCUCGAAAUUCCACAACAUCUGCGUCAGCCUUCAGCAACGCACCCACGACUGCCUCAACCGCGCCGAGCGGGCGGAGAGGCCGGACAGCACGCUGAGCAUGAAGUGGGAAGAACUAGUCGACAAAAUGUCCGCAGAGGCCUCCGCCGACAUGGCCGCUGCGCGCGGCUCCAAGCUCUCCACAUCCCUCACCCGCACAAGCUCGACCUCGACCUCGCCGUCCCCAACCUCAGACCCGCAGCCUGCACGACCAAGCGCAAGCCGCGCCCGCUCCGAAACCAACGUGACCAAGUCCAGCAGGACGGAGACCCGUGACUGGGACGUCACAUCCGAGGACCGCCACAGCGGAGGCAUGACGCCCCCACGGCUCUCCUCGCCCAUCUACACCUCCGCGCCAACCGCAGCAGACAAAGCGACACCACGCACCCGCCCAACAACAGCUUCAUCGGGCAAAGACCCCCUCUCCCCCGCCUCCGCCACCACAACCACCUCCUCCACUCCCGCGCCCUCGCGCCCAAAAUCCAGACCUUCUGCAUCAGCAUCAGCAUCAGCAUCCGCAACCCCCUCCUCCUCUUCCCUCCGCAACUACGCACCCGCCGCCGACUCUUCCUCCGAGGUCAAAGAAGACACGAAAUCCGAGACCGCAGCCCGCUUCCAGGACAGCCUGUCCCAAGCCCUCUCGCACGCCACCAGCUCAGCCUCCCGCCGCGAGCGCGACCGAGAACGCCAGCGCGAGCGCGAGCGAAGGCUGUUAAGGCGCGAAGCAGCGGUAAGCGGAAGCUGGGGCGGGAGCGGAAUCAGGCGCGUCGACGCCUCCGUCUCCACCACCGGCGCCGCGAGCGCAGAGACGACGGCCACGUCCACGGAGGCCGAGACGGAGACGUCCGGGUCUGCGUCUGCGGACGAGCAUGAGAACGAGAGGGCCGAGGCGCGGGAUGCGAUGCCCGUGCUGCGGCCGCCGUCGCGGUUGGCGGGGGAGACGGCCGGUGGGGUGAGGAGGGCGGGGGGGCUCAGGGUCAGUAGGGUUGAGGGAAGGCUGUGGGAUGAGGAGGAAGGGCCUACGGCGCUGCCGAGGAUGAGUAAGAAGGGGGCGAGGAGUGGGAGUCGGGAGAGGGACAGGGGGAAGGGGUUGAGGUUGGGGGAGUUUGUGGGGGUGUGGGGAGGAAAGAAGGAGAAGGGGAGGGAGAGGUUCUAA